GGAAGCAACGGUCAGCCUUUUGUCUUUAAGCAGAUGUUAAGAAAAUUGAGGGACCAAAUAUGUUUGGAAUUUGGCUAGAGCAGUCACGAGAAUUUGUUCUAAACCUUCUAUAUUUCUGCAUAGCUAGUACCUAUAUAGCUCGCCUUCUUUCCUUCUCUCUUGCUUAUCUAUUCAUGCUUCCCUGCUCUUUUCUCUUCAUGAACCGUUUACAUGUCUAGAUGCCCCAUGGCUUCUAGUUCUUCCUUUUCUUGCUCCCCUUUAUCUCAUGAUUAUGAAAGACCAGGACUUGAAUCUGUAAAAUCACUUGUAAUUUCAGUGAACGAAUACUGUUUCGAGCUCUUAGCAAAUGGUGAAUUGUGGAAUGCCUUAAAAUCGCUAUGCAUUUCCAAGCUCAACAUCAGAAACCAAGAGUUCUUCGAAUUCUCUGAGCACUCGGUUGUUUCGAAUCUCUAUUGGGGUAUUGAAAGUGUUGAAGCCGCAGUACGGGCGAAAUGCGUAGAAGAGAAAGCCAACAGGUUGAAGAGCUCAGAAAGAAUGCUUCAGGCUCCAGCAUUGCUCGAUGAACAUGGAGUCACUGCUGGAAUUCAAAACCAUUACUUGGUUUGCUGCUCAUACUUUUAUCUGUCAAUGAUUAGGAAGCUUCAAAAUGACGAGUGGCAGGUUGCCUUGCAUUUCCUUCAAGCAAUGUUAGUCUCUCCAAGAUUUGUUCGUGCUGAACUUGCCCCGGAAUUCUGCGCAAGUCUUUUUCCUGUAAGCGGUGUAUUAGAAGUAGAGACUAUGUGCGGAAAGAAAGGUAAAGAAUCUGUAACGGAUUUUCUUAAUGAGGCCAAUAUCAAUGACGCAAUCAGGGAGAUUGCAAGGAGAUACAAACAUUGGCUAACGUAUUAUCAGGUCAUGUUGUAUGGAGAGACUCCUCAGUGGCAUUGCAGAAGCAGUUACAAUGAUGAAUCACAGGAUUUUUGGCAAGUGAGCAACAGCAGUGACUCUUCAGAAUUAAUUGAGCAAGAACGCUGCUCGCAAACAUAUAAGCAUGAGAAGGUGCAUCCACUUGAUUCUAAAGCAUACCCAGCAAAUGAUAAAGCAGAUAAACCUAAGACCUGCAGGGAAAUUCAAGAAAUAGGACAUGAUAGUGAGGCUCUUAAUCAUUUCAAUCAAUCUCUAGAGUUAAAAAUUCGUACUACAAAGCAAGAAAAUUAUACAAGCAUCAAACGCCUCCAGGAAGUAUUGAUGGAUUCCCAAUCCGAUACUCCAACUUCAGUAAAUUCAUGCUGCAGUUAUUACUUGGAAGAAGUUGAUGCAGAGGUAAAAAUGGCUGAUAAUAAUUGCUCAAUCAGAAAUGCAGGCGAAGAUGAUCUGCAACCAGAAGUUUGUGCUCAGACGUUGCAGGCUGCGUGCUUGACAUUGGAUGAAAUGUGCAGAAUGGUGCUUUUGUCAUCAACUACGCAAGAAGUACAGGAAGUCAGUGAAGUAAAGAUUAGUAGCAUCUCUUCAAGCAGAUACCCCAGUUCUACUUGCGAUUUUGACUUAUCCAUCUUGGAACUCAGAAACAAAAAGUUUAAUGUGCUAGAUUGCGAUUCAGCUCAGAGGCCAUUAUGGCAACACCAAGCACAAGUUACUAAUGAAGAAGCAACUGCCGCUCUGCAGAAUGGUAUGCUUGCCGAGAUAGAUCGCAGCAGAAGAGCUAUAAGGGGAAAACAGAACUUGCAUAGCCAAAAGAACUUGAAUGAACUAUAUCUGAACUCUGGAAAAGAUCCCAACACUGAGUUAAUGGCAAUACUUGAGAAAGCAAUCUCGAGACUCUGCUUCUCAGAAGGAUUAGCGAAAUGUGAGGAAGACUAUGCUGUAGAAGUUACAGCAAUUUAUGAAUUGUUGAACAGCAAAAAGGGAAUAAAAUACACCAUCUUAAAGGAUAUUAUUCUAGAUCAGCUGCUAACAGCUAUUUCAAGUUCUAAAGAGGAAACAGUCGUAAGGGCAUCCAUGUCUAUUCUUACAACUAUUGUAUCAGUGAAUAAGUCAGCUGUGGAAGACAUCAAGAAGAAAGGUUUGCGGUUGUGUGAUUUGGCGAAUGCACUAAAGCGAAAUGUGCACGAGGCAGCUAUACUUAUCUACCUGAUAAAUCCACCUCUAACAGAAAUAAAGACAUUAGAACUUUUGCCUGCAUUGAUGGAGAUUCUAUGCACUUCAAACAGCUAUAAGGAAAAGCCAGCUUCACCAUUGAUUACACCUCCUGCUGCAUCAUUGAUGAUUAUUGAAGUGCUAGUGACUGCAUUUGACCGCGCCACCAAUAACGUGCACUUGGCCGCGAUCAACUCCCCGAGAGUUCUUAGCAGGCUUCUGGAUGUUGCUAGAGAUCAUAAUCUGGAAGAGUGCAUCUCUAUGACCAACAUUCUCAUAAAAUGCAUGCAGUUUGAUGGACAAUGCAGAAAAUAUAUAUCACAACUUACUCGUCUCGCUCCAUUUAAACGCCUCCUACAAAGUAAUGAGAAGCAUGCCAAGUUCACAGCACUUCAAUUUUUUCAUGAACUUCUCUACAUGCCUAGGUCAUCAGCUAUUAGCCUAUUACAGCGGAUAGGAAAAGAAGGAAGUAAUGACAUAAUGCCCUCCCUGAUGCAGUGUCUCCAACAGCUUCAGCCUGAUUACCAACUUUUGGCAGCAAAUUUAUUGCUGCAAUUAGAUACCCUGGAACAAUCAUCUGGUAAAAAUAUGUACAGAGAAGAGGCGAUGCAGAUCAUCCUCAAGUCAGUGGCAUCAGAAGAAAACUCUGCUUUACAGCAACUGUCUACUUUCAUUCUUGCAAACAUUGGAGGAACUUAUACUUGGACAGGGGAACCAUACACAGUAGCAUUACUGGUGAAAAAGGCAGGUUUGACUUCUUUGUAUCACCGGACUAUGAUAAGGAACGUGGAUUGGUCAGACCCAAGCCUGCAGGAUGCUGGAAUUGACUCCUGGUGUAGCAAGAUUGCAAAAGGAAUCAUUAGCAUAGGGAAACCUGCAUUCCAGGCUUUAGAGAGCGGUCUAAGAAGUAACACUAAGAGGGUUUCGCGGGAUUCUCUUACAGCAAUUGCUUGGAUUGGAUGUGAAAUUGCUAAGUAUCCUAACAGUCUAAGAAAUUCUGCAUGUGAGAUACUGCUUAAUGGAGUUGAGCAAUUUUUGCAUCCUGGAAGCGAGCUUGAAGAAAGACUUCUAGCAUGUCUGUGCAUCUAUAACUAUACUUCAGGCAGAGGGAUGCAGAAACUAAUCCAUUUCUCAGAAGGAGUACGGGAGUCCCUGAGGCGCUUUUCAGGCGUGACGUGGAUGGCUGAGGAACUACACAGAGUAGCAGAAUUUUAUUUGCCUAACAAUUCACGCAUAUCUUGCGUCCACACACAAGUUUUGGAGACAAAGCAUGACAGAAGUGGAGCUGUAACUGCCCUUAUCUACUUUAGGGGACAGCUUUACAGUGGCUAUUCUGAUGGUUCAAUUAAGGUGUGGGACAUCAAACAUCAGUCAGCCACUCUUGUAUGGGACCUGAAAGAGCACAAAAAAGCAGUGACAUGUUUUUCACUCUUCGAACUUGGGGAGAGACUGCUAAGUGGAUCUGCUGAUAAAACCAUUAGGGUUUGGCAAAUGGUCAAUCGGAAAUUGGAGUGCGUUGAAGUUAUAGCAAUGAAGGAACCGAUUCAAAAAAUAGAAACAUAUGGCCAAACGAUGUUUAUAAUCACCCAAGGCCAUGGAAUGAAGGUUCUUGAUUCAUCCAGAACAGUCAAGGAUCUAUGCAAAAAUAAGAAGUUUAAGUGCAUGAGUGCAGUGCAGGGAAAGCUGUACAUAGGGUGCACGGAUUCAAGCAUACAGGAAUUAACCAUGACGAACAACAGGGAACGCGAGAUCAAACCACCAAUGAAGAGUUGGAUGAUGCAAAACAAGCCGAUCAAUUCAAUUGCUCUGCACAAAGAUUGGCUUUAUAGUGCAAGUUCAAUUGUGGAGGGUUCGAGAGUUAAGGAAUUGAGAACACAUUCCAAGCCUCAGAUGUCAAUAGCACCAGAUAAAGGCAGAUACAUAUUAGCUUUGGGAGUCGUAGAAGAUUUUAUAUACUUAAAUUGCAGCUCGUCAACCAGUACUCUUCAGAUUUGGCUGAGAGGGACACAGCAGAAUGUGGGGAGGAUAUCAGCAGGCAGCAAAAUAACAAGCCUCCUCACUGCAAAUGACACUGUUUUAUGUGGUACUGAGAAAGGAUUAAUCAAGGGGUGGAUACCACUCUAAAAGCAAAAGGAGUGAUGGGGAUUGGCCAAAGUACUGGAGCAUUUAUCAGAUUCUGUCAGAUAUUGGUUUAAUGUAAAUAUAUAGUAUACAUUCUAAAAAGGAUAUAACGUAAAGAUCAGGGUUUGAAGAACAUAGUUUUGUUAUUUGUAUGUAUAGUUGAACAACAAACUUGAAGAUCAAUAAAAUCCUUAUAGCUCA